AUGUACCCAUGGGUCUUCCUCAGCGACCAGCCCUUCAGUCCCGACUCCGCGCUGGCUAUCAAGUCGAUGACCCGCUCGCAGGUCUUCUUCGGCCUCAUCCCAGCCCGCCAAUGGGCGUAUCCUCCCCAUUUCAACCGUCGCCGAACCGCGCGCGCCCAGAAGCCCAGUGCCGCAAGCUCCAAAAAGGGGGCGGAUGACCAGAGCCGCCGGCACCUCUCCCGCUUCCACUCAGGGUUCUUCUUUUGGCACCCGCUCAUGGCGAAGUUUGAUUACUAUUGGCGGGUCGAGCCUGGGAUUCAAUACAACUGCGACGUGGAUUACGACCCCUUUGUGUUUAUGGAGGAGAACAAGAAAGUGUUCUCGUUCUCGAUCUCGCUGAUGGAGUACCAGUCGAGGAUCCCGAGCCUCUGGAAAACCGUGCAGGGAUUCGUGCGCGCCAAUCCGGGCCUCCUUGCGGCAAACAGCUCGCUUGAUUUCCUGGUGAAGGACCCAUCUUGA